UUAGGGCCGUUACCUUCUCCUUCCUCUCCUCUCUCUCUUCUUCUUCUCCAUUUCUCUCUCUCUCUCCUAAUUUUCUGGAGAAACUUUCUUCCAGAGGUUCUCCUGGAAAUUGAUUGGAGAAGGAGGAGGAAGGAGGAGGGAGAGAGGGAGAAGAAACAUCUCUAAAUCUUUUGUAAUUCCGGUUGAAUGUGAAUCUCUCCCACUCCGUUUCCCUCGUCGUCUGAGAUUUGGAAAUUUUCUCUGAGAAAUUCUUUUUUUUUUUCCGGGCUUAACCCACCAUGGUUCCGAGUUUAUCCGGAGAAGUUUUUUCGUUAGAGGAAUUCGACAUUGAUUUCGAAUUUGACGCACCUCGUUUCUACGAUUUCUCAAGGCCAGAGCUCGAUUCCGAGACAGAGGAGAUCGAGUUCUGGUUCGAAUCCGCUGGAAACUAUCCUCCUUCGCCUUUUAGCCCAAAGUGCGAUUGGAAACUUGAGCUGCUAAAGCAAAUCACAAACACCAUCUCAGCAACGAACCCUGUCGAGAUCUUAAAACCGGUUAUCGAAUCUUUGAAUACCGGUCUGAAUCGGAAAGAUAAAUACAACGGGUUCAUAUAUUAUAACCAAACGGUUAAAGAUGUCUCAAAGACAAAACCCAAAGCAAAAACCAAAUCAUGUUGUAGCUCAACUUUAACAAGACCUACGGCUUCUUUACUUGCAAGGCAGAAGAAACCGUUAGACGUUUACGCUGUUCAACUUCUGACUAGAUGUCAGAGGUCCUUAGCAAAGUUUGGUGGUAAAUUAUCUCCUAUUUUAGACUCUAAGUUACAAAACCAAGACACCAAAAGGCCAAAACUGGAACCUAAGGUGACUCUAGUUAACUCCAACAGAAAAUCUAAACUCACCGUUCCAAAGGAACCGAAUCUGAGAACUGCAGAAAGAUCUGAAAGACACAGGUCUAAGGUCAACUCAGAGACCGAGUCGCAUGCGAAACCAAGGAUUAGUUCAUCUAAAACAAACACUACAAACAAAAAUAUUAAUUCUGAACCUACUUCAACACCUUUGCCUAAACGCAGUACUCCAGGCUCACAAGAUCAUCAGGUAUUUGGCUUAAGAACAUUACUGAGAGCAAGGGAACGCUCUUCGAAUGCCAAGAUUAAGGCCAUACAAGGGAAUAAUGCUACUAACUCCAGAACGCUAAAACCCACUGAUUCCUCAAAGGUUAGGCUAGUCAAAGGAAAUCACAGCAGAAAGAUAAAUAGCCAAGUGUAUGGAUCUAAUAUCGGUCUUCUAGACUCAAAGAGAUCAAGGAAACAAGAACUCGGUGAACCAACUAGCACCAAAUAUGGAACUCAGAGCUCUUACAGGACAGAUAUUAACAGGAGGCUGGAUUUAUGCCGUAAAUUCGAUUCACAGGAAGUUGCAGGGAGCCUAAUCAUUGCUUAAUCUUUCCCACUUUGAAGAUUUAAUGAUCAUGUUUAUACAAAACGCAUUCCUAUGUCAACAUAUAUUAGACGUUACUUGUUUAGAUAUAUAUGCAUAGUGAAAGUGAUUUCAUUGAUUUUUUUAUUUUUAUUUUUGUUGUGGGGUCAUC